CUCUGUUCCCGCUCAAAACCCUCAUGCUUCUUCUUUUUCUUCCUCCUCCUCCUCCUCCACAGAAUUUUACUCAUUGAAAAAAGAACGAUGGAUAAACUAACACAAUACCAGAGAGUUUUCAAUCACUUCGACAGCAAUGGAGACGGGAAGAUAUCGCCGUUGGAGCUAAAACAAUGCGUCGAGGCUAUAGGUGGGGAGCUAACGGAAGAGGAGGCAGAGGCGGCGGUGGAGUGUUUGGACAUGGAUGGAGAUGGGUUGCUUGGUUUGGAUGACUUUGUGAAGUUUGUGGAAGGAGGUGGAGAGGAAGAGAAGGUGAGUGUUUUGAAAGAGGCUUUUAAGAUGUAUGAAAUGGAAGGUUGUGGUUGUAUAACUCCUAAAAGUCUCAAAAGGAUGUUGAGUAGACUUGGAGAGUCUACCACCGUUGAUCAGUGUGAGGUGAUGAUUUCUAGAUUUGAUCUCAACGGUGAUGGUGUUCUCAAUUUUGAUGAAUUUAAGGUCAUGAUGUUGUGAUUAAUAAUAUUAUGGCUUUUUGUUGGUUUUUUUUUUCAUUUUGUUCAUUGAUCGAUCUUUGAUUCGUUGAUUGUUUGGUGGGUGUUUAAUUGGUUCGUAGUUGAUGGAUGAAUAAUUAGUUAUGUAUAUGAACUUUAAAAACCCAAUAUAUUACGUGUAUCAUAUAAAAAAUAUAUUUGUGGAUC